CAUUACUCGUAUAUACACACAAUACACAAAACAAAACGUAAUAUCAACACAAGAUAUCUACACUGUUACAAUACAUGUGUUGUCUCUACGGCCGCGCAGAAAGUGAGAAACAUUCAACAACGCUUACAUCGAGCGAAGCACGGAUGAAACACAUUACAAAUGAAACAAAAUUACAUUCGAACGAAUCGUGCGUGAAUCUGCCCCGGCUAUAAUUUGUAUGUAGCGAACGCGUUGCCUAGAAAUUACACAGAUAGCGCGGCAAGUGUUCGAAGUAUGCUGAAUGCAAACAGUCGGGAACUCGCGGCGCUGAUAGAAAAAUAGAAAUAGAGCAGGAAACAACUUCACGCUCUAUGUUCAUCAGUGUAUAGUCAGAAACAAAUAGAAUAUAACAGAAAUCAAUAUAUUGUGAAUUAUCAGUAUCAAAAGAAUAAAAAAUACUUUUUCAAAAGUUCAACUUGGAAUAAAUCAUAAGUGAAACAUAAUUAUGUCCAACAAAGCAAUCAAAAUUGGAAUUAUCGGUGGUUCCGGCCUGGACAAUCCAGACAUACUACAAAACAAACGUGAAGUAUCAGUAACCACCCCAUUUGGUGCCCCAUCUGAUGUUUUAAUCGAAGGGGAAAUAUCUUCAGUACCUUGCGUGCUUCUAGCACGUCACGGACGCAGGCAUUCACUAAUGCCAGGAGUAGUAAACUACCGCGCAAAUAUAUGGGCUUUAAAAGAAGCUGGAUGCACUCAUAUUAUAGCAUCAACCGCCACGGGUUCACUACGUGAAGAAAUCCAUCCUGGUGAUUUAGUUUUACUGGAUAAUUUCAUAGACCGAACUCAGGGAAGAAAACAAACAUUUUAUGACGGCGGUGAAAAUUCUCCAAUAGGUGUAUGUCACUUACCAAUGGAACCUGCAUAUUGUGAGAAGACAAGACAAGUACUUUUACAAGCGGGGAAAAGUAUAGGGUUGAAUAUUCAUGAAAAAGGGACAGUUGUCGCUAUUGAAGGGCCAAGAUUCUCCAGCAAGGCAGAAAGUAACAUGUAUAGGAGUUUUGGAGGAAGUGUUAUAAACAUGACAAGUGUUCCAGAGGUGGUAUUGGCAAAGGAAGCAGGCAUUUGUUACGCGUCAGUUGCCUUGGCAACCGACUACGACUGUUGGCGAGAUUCCGGCGAAAAAGUGAGCGUCGCUCAUGUGUUACAAACGUUCAAAAACAACGUCUCUAAAAUGACUCAGCUUAUACUUGCGGUUGUACCCCUCAUCGCCGCUGAAACUUGGGAUGAAACUAUCGACGAACUACAAAACACUGUAAAAUCAAGUGUCAUGCUUCCACAUUGAUUCCACAACGCCAUCUAUCAAAUUUAUACUACAGAAAACUGUAAAGUUUAUCGUAAUGCUUUCACAUUGAAUCAACAGCGCCAUCUAUAUAAUAUAUACCACAGCAGACUAUAAAAUCAAGUAUAAUGCGUCCGCAGCGCUAUCUAUCGAAUAGAUAUAAAUUUAUUCAAUCAAAGCGACAUUAAUUACGCACAUAGAAUUAACACAGCUUCGAGUGAUCGUAAACAAAACAUUUAAAAAAACGCACACACACACAUUAAAUAAAACGUGCAAAAGAAGUACAGUACAGUACGGUACAAAA